AUGGCCGUUUCUCCUUGUAUAUUCAGUCUAGUAAGGAUGCCGUUUUUCCGUCUUCCUCCUCUCUCCACAUUUAAGACUCACCUGUGCGUCUCCUGGGAGUCUGCGACUGGUCUUACUGCUUUCUGGGAGGACGGACGUCGCAGUGUGUACCAAAUCUACAGGCAAGGUUACUCAAUUCGUCCUGGCGGCACCGUCCUGCUCGGACAAGACCCUGAUUCAUAUGUAGGUUCCUUUGAUGUAGAUCAGAGCUUUGUGGGAGAAACUACAGAUCUGCAAAUGUGGGACUAUGUUCUGUCCAGCACUCAGAUUAAAGCGGUGUACUAUAACCAGGAUAAUCGUGUGAAGGGAAAUGUGUUUGACUGGAACUCCAUCAAAUAUGAUGUUAUUGGAAAUGUGCUUGUGGCUCCAGAUAACACACCCUUCUGCCGCACGAUCUGCGACAAGAUGCUGGCACCGGUGGUCUUAUUUUUCUGUCUGCUCUGCUUGACACCCGCAACGACUGAAGUGGGUCUUGCUGGUAAAGUGCUUCUGUUCCCGUACGAGACAGACUACAGCUAUGUUAAACUCACUCCUAAGAAGCCUCUGGGUCUUUCCGCGUUUACUCUCUGCAUGCGUGUGGCGACGGAGCUCCAGGGCGAGCGGCAGAUCAUCCUGUUCGCCUAUCGAACACCUGACUUUGAUGAACUGAACUUGUGGAGGGAGAAAGACGGCCGUGUGUCCUUUUAUCUCAGUGGUGAUGGAGCGUUUUUCAACCUGCCACCUCUGUCCACCUUCCGGACGCACCUGUGCCUGUCCUGGAGCUCUCGCACCGGACUGGCUGCCUUCUGGGUAGACGGACGCCGAAGUGCGUUUCAGCUUUAUAAACCGGGUCACAGCAUCCGACCGCAGGGCACCGCUCUGGUUGGACAGGACCCUGAUAAACACCUGGGCGACUUCGAGGCGGUGCAGAGUUUCGCCGGCGAGCUCACAGACCUGAACAUGUGGGAUUACGUGCUCACCGGGAACCAGAUUAAAGCGCUGUAUUUGAACCAGGUGCAGCGCGUGUCGAAGGGAAACUUGUUUGACUGGAGCUCCAUCGAGUACGAGAUUAAGGGAAACGUGCUUGUCGUGCAAGACGAUUAAUAAUAUUCAGUAUGCUGAUAGAUGCAAUUUUACAGUUAUUUACUGCAAAAAAACAUUCCUCGUGGUUCACUCCUGUUAUAUGCACUGCAUUGUGGAUCAUUUUAAAACUUUUACAAUAAUUUAUAGUUCACAGAAGCGCGUAACCCAGGUUACUGACAAAUUAAAAGUCCUUCCGCAAACUUUAGCAUAUAUCCUAUUUAAUGAUAGAUGAUAAUAACAUUUUAUUUUAAAAAUAAGUAUCCUUUCGUCUUUAUUAAAAUUUUUCGAAAUUAAAAUGCUAAUCUGAACAUUGUUUAGAAAAGUGCAUUUAAACUAUAUGUUUUAUAUUACCCUUUUAUAAACAAACACUUAAAUAGUAAAAUAGUAUGGUAAGUACUUUGGGAAAAUGGUAGGAAAUAUUUUUGGUACAUUGAAAGGUGUUAUGAUCACCAUCCGUCAAGCUAAUCCAGCAAAAAUUGUGCUUAAUUUCAUUAAAAUGCAGUAUUUAAACCUUAUAAUCAAUUAGAAAAUGAAGCAAAUAGUGGCAAAAAGGUCAGUUUUUUUUCAGAAAAAAAGAACCAUCCCUUUCAGUAAGCUGGCUACAGGCCCGUGCUAGUGUAAAAUGUACAUAAAAAAUAGAAGUACUGUAAAAAUUGUUUCACUGUAAAAUUAAAAUGUGGUAAAGGGCAUUUUACUAUUAAAAAGAUGCGGUGAUGCUGUUUUACUGUAAAAUGAAAUUGCGGUAGGGCACUGCUACUGUAAAACACAUUUACUGGUAAGUUACUGUAAAGAGGGAGGUGUGGUAAUUUGCUGGCUGCAGUGCUGCCAGUAAGUUACAGCAAAAAAAAAAUACAGUAAAUGUCUAACAGUUUAGCACACAACAACAACGUGGCCUAUAUGUUUAUUUACGAUUGUUCUUCCUCAAAAUUCAGACGUCUGUAAAACUGUCUGUUGACUGUCUUUAGUGAGGAGUUAAAAGCGAUAAGUGUGGAAGAGUGCAAAUAUCCAUUUUUCUGUAAGGUUUAUAUGGGAAUUGUGUUUAUAAUGUGAUUAUCAGGCAUAAACAAAGAGAAUAACUAAUUGAUGGCUAAUGUUUAAAACCACUUAGGAUCAUUAAAACAUCACUGUAAUGAUAUAACCAUUGUGUUUUUUUAAUGUUUUCUUUUACUGUAGUAAUAGUACAGUAGUAUCUUGGUGUUUUUGAACCAUACGUAUUAUGUUGUAUAGGGUAUAGCAUUUACAGCACUUUGUUAAUGAAUAUUAACUAUAGUAAACUGACAAACACUGUAAUAUGCUUCAGCUUUUACUACAGUAAACUGAUGUAUUGUGGUAUUAUACAUAGAAA